AUGGCGCCUGCUAAUCGGCUGCAACUAGCUCGGAGGCCUGUCACUCAAAGGGGGCUCUUUCAAGUGUUUUGUGUCUCCGUCCGUCACAAGAGCAGGAAGACAUCCGAGCAGCCAGAGAUAGACCGCUGCGCGACCUUCUUAGCGGAGCCCUCAUCAGUCGUGUAUCGUCGCCCUGAGUCCCGAACUUCUGGUCCCAAGCGUACACGCCAACACAAAGGUGGUCAGCAUGGAGGCCUUUCUGAGCUAACUGUGUCUGUCCCCAUGAUAGACAGCAUCAGAGUUAAUGUAACUACCUUGACAGAUGAUGGACAGGUAUCUAGAGAACAGGUGGUUCUUAACAUAACCUAUGAGGCUGGACAGGUAUAUGUCAAUGACUUCCCUGUAAAUAAUGGUGUAACCCGAAUAAGCUGUCAGACUGUAAUAGUGAAGAAUGAAAAUCUGGAGGAAAAAGAAUACUCUGGAAUUAUCAUUGUAAGGAUUUUAGUUCAUGAGUGGCCUAUGACAUCUGCUUCCAGUUUGCAACUAAUUGUCAUUCAAGAAGAGGUGGUAGAGAUUGAUGGCAGACAAGCUCAACAAAAGAAUAUUACUGAAAUCGAUAUUUUAGUUAAGAACCAGGGACUAAUGCUCAGACAUUCAAACUACACGCUCCCUUUGGAAGAAAGCAUGCUGUACUCCAUUUCCCGAGACAAUGACGUCGUAUUUACCCUUCCCAAUCUCUCCAGAAAAGUGGACAGUGGUGGCUCACUGCAGACCACCAGUCAGUAUCUCAUCAGGAAUGUGGAAACCACCAUAGAUGAAGAUGCUUUACCUGGUAAACUACCUGAAACCCCUCUCAGAGCAGAACCCCCAUCUUCAUAUAAGGUGAUGUGUCAGUGGAUGGAAAAGUUUAGGAAAGAUCUGUGUUGGUUCUGGAGCAGGGUUUUCCCAAUAAUUUUUAUGUUUUUGAAUGUCUUCGUGGUUGGAAUUAUCGGAGCAGCUGUGGUAAUAACCAUCUUAAAGAUACUUUUCCCAGUUUGUGAACACAAAGGAGUUCUUCAGUUGGAUAAAAUCAGUGUUAUACCGGUGGCAGCUGUCAGCUUAUAUCCAGAUGGUCCUGAGAAAACAGCAGCAAAUCUAGAAGAUAAAACGUGUAUUUAA